CUAUAAGUUCACUCCACACAGUAGCAGAGUUGAUUUUUGUUUAUCAUGACGAUAUAAAAGACUUUGCUAUUGAUACUACCGAAGCAAAACGAGUUCAAUCUUCAAGUACUAAACUAGACUAGAGUCUAAUAACUAAUAAUGAACAAACUGGUAUUAACCACAAUACUUUUCGCUGUUCUGGCAUUUGUGAAUGCAGAUAGUAGCAGUAGUUCCGAAGAGGAUUUGAAAGAGAUUGGGAAUUUAUUGAAAGAAAAGUUCAAUAUAACCUUACUUUUAGAUUUUCUCGAAUUAGGCAACCAAGCUAAAGCCAAAUGUCCCGAUAUUGAGGAAAAAAUGGAUAACGUAGUUGAGCAAAUGGGAGAAUGUGCCGAAAAAAUUGAACUUGGAGACGAUACUUUCUGUUCUCUUAUCAAGAAAAACUUGAAGAAAUGCUCUAAACCAGUUAUUGAUAUAAUUACUUCUUGUAUGCCAAAUGAAUCUAAAGAUCUUCCUUCUAUAAUAGAAAAAGCGAUUAUAGCGACCGUUGAGCAAGCUUGCCAAUCUACCGUUGAAGAAAUCCUGGAACUAUUCAAUCCAUGUUACAUGCAAAAGGAUUUCAUCGAGUUCCAACCUUGUGCAGAUAUUAGAACCACUUUAGUAGAACAAAGAAAUAAACUUCCAUCAAAAUCUCUUGUUUGUUCUACGAUUCCAAAAAUGAGAAGCUGCAUGAAGGAUCAUCUAGAAGCGUCUUGUCAAAAUGCAAUUACCAAGCGAAGUAGUUUGAAAUUCCAGGAUGCCAUUUGGAACUCCGUGAAGGAUGACUGUAAAGCUUGAACUAUUCUACUAUUUAAAACGAAAAGAUGUAUAUUUACUGGAAUAAUGCAAUAAAAUUUGUAACAUUUUA